AUGAAUACACUUUCACCUAUCUCGAAUAAUCAACAAUCUAAAGAACUUCAAAUAUUAAAUAUCAACUUCAAUCAAGACCAAGGAUGCUUCGCCGUGGGCCACGAGCAUGGGUUUCUAGUCUAUAAUACCAACCCCAUUGACUUGAGAGUGAAGAGAAAUUUCAAUACAAAUGGGCAUGGCUCAGGAAUCGCACAUAUUACAAUGCUUCAUAGAACCAAUUAUUUGGCAUUAGUGGGUGGGGGAAAAAACCCGAAGUUUGCAAAUAAUAAAUUGGUGAUAUGGGAUGAUUUGAAGCGGAAAAACAGUUUGAACUUGGAAUUUAUGAGUCCUGUGCUCAAUGUUUUAUUAUCAAGAAUUCGGAUAAUAGUAGUUUUGAAGAACCAAGUCAUAGUGUAUGGUUUUUCAUCACCCCCUAAGAAAUUUGCUACCUACGAGACAAUAGAGAAUGAAUUCGGGUUGGCAGAUUUAUCCGUUAAUUCUACUAAUUCAAUAGGAAACAAUUUGUCUACGUCAAAUUCUUCUAUUUCGUCAUUGGUUUCUAAUCAAGUGUUAUAUGAUAGUAACAAAUAUCAAACUCUUGCAUUUCCUGGUCGAUCAAUUGGCCAAAUCCAGUUAGUUGAUGUAUCACCAUCAGGUCAAGAGAAAAACUUAGUAAGUAUAAUUAAAGCUCAUAAAUCAAAAAUAAGAUGUCUUGCACUAAACAGAUCCGGUACAUUAGUGGCUUCAGCGUCUGAAACAGGCACAAUCAUAAGAGUUCAUUCGACUCAUAAUACUGCUUUGUUAUAUGAAUUUAGGAGAGGUUUAGACAGAGCUAUAAUUACCUCAAUGAAAUUUUCGGAUGAUGAUUCAAAGUUAGCUGUCUUAUCGGACAAGAAUACAUUGCAUGUUUAUAACGUCUCUGCGUUGAAUGCUAAUCUGGGAGCAGCUAGUGAUUUUGCAACUCAUCAUGAGACUUAUCCUGUAAAUAGACAGCAUUUACUAGGAAAUAUUGCAUUUCCUAUCCCUAUUCCAAAGUAUUUCAAAUCCACAUGGUCAUUUUGCUCUGUUAAUACAAAUAAAUAUCAUCCAAGUGGUUCGGAUAACGAUACCAUAAACGAUGUGGGUAUCAUAGGAUGGUCUGGGAAUGACAGUAUCAUUAUUGUCUGGCAAAACAAAAAGAUUUGGGAGAAAUAUGUGAUAGUUGAAAAGCGUCAUAAGUCUCCAACUGAUAUUAAUGAUGGUUUAAAUACUAGCCAUCAAGGAAAUUCUAACUGGGAGUUAGUGAGGUUUAAUUGGAAAAAUCUUGAUAAUUUGGACUGA